UUGGAGAGGAAGGAAGGAGUACCCAGAGCUCAGCGGGCUAUUAAACAGCCUCAGAACAACCCCCCCCACACACAGCUACACACACCUGGGACUCCAGCAGUGUGCAGACCAGUCACAGAGCUCAGAAGGUAGUUGACUGUUUGCCAGGGAAAUGCCUUUCAGAGUACGAAGGGAGUGAGCUGAGGAGGAAUCAUCCCAUACGUUCAUCAGGACAGAAGUUAAGAGCAGACCAAGGAAAGAGGGAAGAAAGGGGCCGACGAGACCAGAGAAGUCCGAACAAAAGCAUCGGGUGGACUUCAGUUGCCGACGAUGGACGAGCCUCCGCAGAUUUGGCACACGCAGAUCGCCCCCCAGGACACUGCUGGAGAGCCCGAGAAGAAGGUGUCAGUCACAAGCCAGCCGGAGUGCUCCAUCUGCUACAACACCUACGACAAUGUCUUCAAAACGCCCAAGCUGCUCGAGUGCACCCAUACUUUCUGCCUGGAGUGCCUCUCCCGCCUCAUGGCCGUCAACGGAGGCAGCCAUCGCCUGUCUUGCCCCUUCUGCCGUCACGCUACCACGGUGCCCGAGGACGGCCCCCCGGCCCUGACAACCAGCCGCGAGGUCCUCUGCAAGCUGCCCAGCCACCAGCAGCAGGAGGAGCCUGUGUGGCUGGACGGGGAGAAGCUGUGCUACAAAUGCUCCUCGCAGGACACCGGCGGGGCCCCCACGGAGGGCCCCGCGGGCUUCUGCGUGUGCAUCGACAUCGGGGCCAACAAGGCAGCGGAAGCGCCCAUCCAGUCCCAGCCCCGGACAUUGGGCCUGCUCCACCGGCUGGCCGACUGGAAGAGGAUGGUGCUCUUCGUCGUGCUCAUGGUGCUGCUGGUUGUGGUCGUGCUGUGGCCGUUGCAGUGCGUGUUCAGCACUGGGAACAUGCGCUGUAUGCGGGGGCCUGGCAAACCGCAGACCACCACAGAGCCUUCCACGGCAUCCGGCCCGUUCGGCAGGGAGUGAACUCACGGAGCGGCUGGACUUCACUGUACAGCGUUUGGAGAACUUUUGUGCAUACUCUCGUUUUUUUUACUAAGGGUACUUUGUAAUUGCCUGACACAACUGUAAAGACUGUAGAUAUUAAGACAUCGGACUUAAGUGGCCCCCAGAGUUGGUGUUGUGGAAUGUGUUAUAUGGAUUGUCAGAAUUCCAUCAUAUCCAAGCCAAACAGUACUGAUGUGAACUCUGCUUUGCAGGUACCUGGCUGGUUGGGAGAAGAAAAAAAAACUAACCCAAAAUGAUGACAACUGUAUUGUGUAUGUGAUUUGUGCACUUUGAUGUUGUUUACAGCACAAUAAUAAAAAAGGAAGAAAUUAGCUCAGGUCAGGUUUCUGGGGAACAACAAAA